UUUAGGCUCCACAGUGGAGAAGAAGACAGGUAGUGUGUAAUCAGAUAUGAUGGAAGAAACCACUUUAAACGAUCGAUGGAGAGGUACAAUAGAGGCUCUAAUUUCAUUAGCUGACUAUGUAGAAGGGACCGUUUCUGUUGAUUUUAACUAUGCUCUGACCACACUACUCCAGCUAAGGGCAAAUGCUGAAGUUUUAAGCCACCAUUUUGAGGACAGUGUUUGGGCUAAGUUUGAUGAGGUGGAGCAUUUAAUACGGGAAAAUGGUUAUACUCUGCCGCGUUUUGACAUAGAAAGAAAACAGCUACAGAGGCAACUCUCCCUCGGAAUGCCGCACAAGGAUAUAUCGAAACAUUUGGGUGUGUCUUUAAAAACUGUUCAGCGCAGGAUUGCCUGCUGGGGACUGAGACGCAAGGACUUGGACAACAGUGUCAGUGAUGAAGACUUGGAUAUUAUUGUCUCUGAUAUUCAUCACCACCAUCCCAACACUGGAUAUAAGAUGAUACUGGGUCACUUAAGAUCAAGAAAAAUCUUUGUUACAAGGAGAAGAGUGUUGGCAUCAUUAAGACGUGUGGAUCCCCAGGGGACACAGAUGCGCAGGUUCUCACUGCGAACCAUACGGCGACGGCGUUACUUUGUUCCUGCUCCAAACAGCAUGUGGCACAUUGACGGCAACCAUAAGCUUAUAAGAUGGAGAGUUGUUGUGCAUGGUGGCAUUGAUGGAUUUUCCAGACUCAUUGUUUACCUCACUGCUACAAACAACAACAGAGCCCAAACUGUCCUGGAGAGUUUCAUGACUGCAGUACAGCAUUAUGGUAUCCCCUCUAGAGUCCGUUCAGACAAAGGAGGGGAAAACAUUCUGGUGGCACGCUUUAUGGUGGCCCACUGUGGGCUCAACAGGAGGUCUCACAUUGCUGGAAGAAGUGUCCACAAUCAGAGAAUUGAGCGACUAUGGAGAGAUGUAUUUCACAACGUCCUUGAUCUCUUCAGCACUACUUUUCUUCGCCUUGAAGCUGAGGGAUGGCUCAGUCCAGACAAGGAGACAGACCUAUAUGCAUUGCACAGGUGUUACAUGCCACAUAUCCAGUCACAUCUGCAACAGUUUCUGAGAGCAUGGAACAAUCACUCACUGAGAUCAGCGCGGAACCAAUCUCCUGUUCAGCUGUGGUUGAGCAGAGAAAGAGAUGGAAACACAGCACAUUUGUGUCAGGCACCUCAAGACUGUGUAAUUAACUGGAGAGGGCCACCUGAGUCAAGUCAAGUUUAUGUCCCAGAGUUGGAGCUUCCCCGUGCCCUGUCGGCAGCAGAACUGGCAACACUUCCAAGUUCAAAUGUACCACUGACAGAGGCAUUACAAGUUUACAUUGAGACUGUUUCGCUUCUCAGAGCAAUGAUGGACAGGUGAUUCACCAGCACGUACAUCAAAGCAAGGAGGUUUUUCCUGCAUUAAAGGAAUUGAAAUCAUCAUAAAUUUACAAAUAAGUGUUUGAAAAUGUUGGGUCAUAUUAACAAUUCAGUCACACAGCAUUUUUGUUUUUCAUUAAAUCCACGAAAGGCUAUCACUUUUCAAUAUCUGCUGUUUCAUGUAUCAAAAUGAAGUUCUCAUGUCUGUGUGCAAGACCCCAUCUUUUUUAAGAAAAAUUCUAUUUUUCUCUGCCAGAUGUCUUUGACGUAUUGCUAUGCAUUGGUUUUUUACAAUGACAUUAACCUUUUUUUUUUUAUUUCGACCUUCUAUUGCUAAGUGUUCUAAAACAAAUUCUUAAUUACAUUUUCACAUAAACUGACAUGCUUUCUAAAUGUACUUGUUGUCCUUCACAAGAACAUAAACUGAAAUAAUUUGUAGUUUAAUGUCUUUCUUCUUUUCUUUAUAUUGUUGUAUCAUUGCUGGUAUAUGGCUCAUGUGAUCAGUUGGCAUGUAGAUAGUGAAUUAAAAUGAUUUUGGCAACCAUGGUUUCUAACAGG